CUGAUACUUGUUAUUUUAAGUUUGUUCUUCAUGAAUUCCGUUGUUUAUCAGGCUGAUUUUAUACAAUCGAAAUGCUUAUACCAUGACUGAUAUCGAUUUUAGCAUGUUUGGGAGAUUUUUUCUGUUAGGUUUUCAUGAAAACAGAGUUAAAAAAUAUGAGUUCUUAAGUAAAAUGGAAAGGAGAGUUUGGAUGCAACUUUCCUGUAAUAUAUGUUAUAUAAAAAUUUGUUUUUAGUUUGGAAUGUUAUUCGUGUUAUGUGCAAUUGUUUGAUGGUGUUAGUACUGCCAGCAUUGAGAUAAUAUAUGGGACUUACUGUCUUUAAAAGUUGGUCAUUUUCUGAAAUUGAGGAAAGCAUUAGGGUUUUUACCAGUGGAUUGUAGUGUUGUAUGGUGUCUCGUCGGUAAUUUUGAGAAUAAUUCUAUCAUCUUUUUGGGCAUAUAUUACUUGUCCUGGAAAUAUUCCGUUCACUGUGACGAUGUCCAUUGUCCCUGGUGUUGCAAAGUUUUGUGAUUCUCAUGCUUUGCACCUGUACAUGUGUAUCAUUAAAGCCAUCAAUAAUAAACCAGCCCCAAAGUACAUAUAUGUAGAAGAAACACAAAAAUAAUGAAGUCUAGAAGCAUGAGAGAAUCGAUGAAGUGUGUGUGUGUGGGGUGAGCCUUUAUUUGUUAUAGAGAGUGCAAAUGUCGUCUUAUUUUAUUUAUUCACAGGGGUUGAAGACACGGGUUUGCAUAGUUGUAUAAUGUUUUUCAGCUUUCAGGAUUCCUCUAACAUGGAUUGGUGAUAAUAAGUGUUGGGGCGUGAUUAUCUGAUGUGAAACCCUAUGUGAACUGCGUAGUGCUGUGUCGUUGGAUAUGGAUAUUGAUGUAGAUCAUUAUGGUGUUCUUGGGCUGCUCUCAGGUGAGGAAGGUGCCAAGCUUAGCGUGGAUGAAAUUAAGAAGGCAUACAGAUCAAAGGCUUUGGAAUUGCACCCGGAUAAGAGGCCAGGCGACAAGCAAGCCCUUGCAAAUUUUCAAAGGCUCCAGUCAUCCUACGAGAUUCUCAAGGAUGAAAAGGCCAGGAAACUGUUCGAUGAUCUUCUUCGGGUUAAGCGUGAGCAACAACAUCGACGGUCAGAGCAGGAAUCCAAGCGUGAUGCAAAGAGACAGAAGAUGUUUUCUGACCUUGAGGAAAGGGAGCGGGCAGCUUUUGCUCCUGACCCUUCUGCAAAAGAGCGAGAAGAAGAGGAGAGAAUUGCUAAGAAGUUGAGAGAAGAGAUUGCAAGAAUACGAGCAAUGCAUGCAAGUAAAGGGGAAAAUAUGACAUCGGCUGCAAGAAGAGAGUUCCCAGGCGUGAGGAAGGAGAGUAAAGGUACUGCUAGGCCUGGGGUGGAUAAGGAGAAGGUUCUUAAAGUUUCAUGGGAGAAGAUAGGUGAAGAUUACACAGCAGAGGGGUUGAGAGAGUUGUUUUCAAAGUUUGGUGAGGUGGAAGAUGUUGUCAUUAAGAGUGCUAAGAAAAAAGGUUCAGCACUUGUUGUAAUGGAGAAUAAAGAUGCGGUGGUUGCUGCUACGGGAAGUGUGUCUGGUCAUCUUUCUAAUCCAUUGCUGGUUUUACCUCUUCAACCACCAAUGGUGACAGAGGCUCCAAGUGCAUCAAGAUCUGCAGAACCUGAUAAGCUGAGUAAUUUGGUUGGGGCUGGUUAUAUAGCAUUUGAAGAUGCUGUUUUAAUGAAACUCCAAAAGGCUGCAGAAAAAAGGAAAUGACAUGCAGGACAUUAAAGAAAGUUCUUGUGGCACAUGAGGGAAUGCAUCUUGCAAAUUGAUCUUGUUGCGGUGCUGCCAAUGAUUGAAGUACCGAGGCAAACAUCUCGAAGAUGGCAUAGACUCGUGCCAUCAAUCGACUAUCAAACAAUAAGUUGUUCCACAUUUCAAUAUCCAGAAACCAUUCCCAAUUAUCCUGAAACAGCUAUCAUCCCCUGAAACAACAGCAGGCCAGCUUGUCACAUGUAUUACCAGUUCCUAACUUAUUGUGUACAAAUCCAAACAUUUUUACCGAUGGAAUUUGCCAUUCUACUCUAGUGUUCGAUAUUGGAAAUUCAGUAUCGGAAAGGGUGUUUGCUGUGGUGAUUAAGUAGAAUUGUUCACUGUUGAAUUUGGGAUGGACAUUGACUUUCGAGUGGUAUGAAUUGUCACACGCACGCACGCACGCACGCAUUUUGGUCUGGACCUUGUUUUCUUUUCUUUUUUAUCUUUUCCCAACUUUUGUCGGCUGCCUUGAUUCUGUGGCAAGUUUCACUGGGGCCAGCUAUUUUGCUUUAGCUGCUGCUUUAAUACGUGACCGUGUCCUAAUUGUGGCGUGGUUGGUAUUCUGUGCCAUCAGCUAUGUGCACAUUUUAAUGCCUUUCAAGUCGUCUUCCCA